CUCUCACUCUCUGCUCCCACCAACACUCACACCAACCCCCCCUUCUUCGCUCUUUUUCUGGCCGGGCGUGCCUUUUCCGCAGCUUUACGUGCUUUUUUUUGUUGUCUUCGUUUUCUCUUCUUUUGUUUCUUAUUCUUUUCACCAGUUUCUCAUACUUUUUGUCACCUUUUCUCGGCCUGUGCGUGCAUGCGUCUAUAGAGAACACAAAAGGCCCGUUCUCUCUCUUUGUAUUGUUGCCUGCACACGCUCUCUCUCUCUCUCUCUCUCUCCACAUACACACCUACGCAUACCAGUACACCUCACCGACCGAAAUACUUGCGUGUGAAUGCCCGCUUUCGACUUAUAAUCUCCCCGUCCAUUCGUCAUCACAAUUAUGCGCUCUAACACAAAGCUUAUCCUGAGCCUAAUAAAUCGCGUCGCUGUGCGACUACCGAUCAACAGCGGAAGAAAGAUUGAAAACCUGGAACAAGAUCCGAUCGUUCAACAAACUGGUAAAUGCUGUGUCCUUCAUUUUGUAGGAGCUUGGAAUAAGGGAAAAAAUAAGCGUUGUUUCGUGGGUUGUAG